CAAGUUUUUUAAUUGAAGAUAUACCACAAUUUAUUAUUCAGGUUAUUUAUAAAAACUCUAUAAUAUCAUAUGACCUCAUUCCAUUUUUAACUUUGAUAACUAGUUCAAUUAUUAUUGCCAUUAACAUUAUUACCAGGUUAUACAAUAUAAUAAUAAAAAUUAAGGAUAAUAAAGUAUCAUCAUCAUUGCCAAUACAAGAAGAUUCAACAAUGAUUAGCAUCGAGAGUAUUGAUGAUGAUGAAGAUAGUAAAAUUAAAGAUAAUAUUACAACCAAUAGAAAUUAUGGUAUCUUUACACAAAAUAAUACAUUUAUUGAAAUUAUACCAAAUAAAAAUAAUAAUAAAAGUUGGAACAUAAUUUCAACCAAAGUUCCUAGAUUUCUGCCUGAUGAUAAAGGAUAUAGUAAUCCAAAUAUUGAUUCAACUUAUCCACCAAUAAAUGGAGUGAUAGAAAUAGGAAGUAAAGAGAUCAAUGUAACAUAUAAUACACCAUUUGUUCCAUCUAUUAACAGCAUAUCAAUAUAUCAAAUAAAUAAUGAUGACCAAAAUAUUUUGAGGCAAUCUUUUUCAGCUGACUCACCAUAUUGUAAAAUAAGUGAUGAUAAAAAAAGCAUGACUAUUCAAGUAUUAACAAGCACGCUUAAUCUUUCCAAUACAAGCUAUUUUGUAAUAAUUGAGGAUGGUGCAUUAAGAAAAUCUUCCACUAACCAACCAUUGAUGGGAAUUCAUAAAAAUAUAUGGAAAUUUACUACAAAUGCAGCAAAUGCCAAUUUAACACCCAUUGAUCCAACUCGUUUAAAUUUUAUCAAAGAUCAGAUGGAUUACACAACUUCGCCACCAACUUUGUUGCUAUCAUUUGGUAUUUUAAAACCUAAUAAUAGUGAAGAAAUCAAUGUUUCCCAAGUCAUAGAUAAUUUAAAUACGUUGAUCAAAAAUAAAUUCAUUACUGGGAUCUCAAUUCACAAUCAUACAAAAUUUAUUGACGAGAAUCAUGGAUUUACAUUUACAAGAAAUUUGUUUGAAGAAUAUAAAGUUUAUUUAAUAAUCAUUCCAAUUAUGAUUAUAAUUAUUAUAUUGUUGAUUUGGUAUUCAUAUAAAAAAUAUCCAGAGGGUAAUAAUAUUGUCAUUUUGAAACUAUUUUUAAUUCUUAUUGACUUUAUGUUGGAUAUUGCUUUUAUAUUCAAUAAUGGUAAAAAU